AGGCACUUCUAUGUGAAGGCUAUUUGUGUUAGCCGUUUUAGUUGCCUUCUUGAUUUCAUGUAUAUAUGCCUGGCAUAAUGGCACUGGAAACAAAGAAACAAGAAGAAUCACCGAAUAAAGUAGCAACACCGAAAAACCGGAGAAUAUGUCAAAUAUACCUCCUUAAUGGCCAGGAGUUUCGCUGUGAAGUUCAUAAACAAGCAAAUGGUAAUGAGCUCCUGAAACAAAUCUAUAAUUUGCUCAACAUAUUGGAGAGCGAUUAUUUCGGAUUAUACUUUGUGGACCAAACUGACCAGAAAUACUGGCUUGAACCCAAUAAGUCAAUUAAGAAGCAAAUUAAAAAUGGUCCGUGGUCAUUUUUCUUUGCUGUCAAGUUUUAUCCGCCUGACCCAGCACAGUUACAAGAAGAUAUAACCCGUUAUUACAUGGUUUUGCAACUGAGGGAUGAUAUUGUGGGUGGAAGGCUACCAUGUUCGUUUGUAACACAUGCAUUGCUUGGUUCGUACGUCGUUCAAUCUGAACUUGGUGAUUAUGAUCGAAGUGAGAUGAGAGGUAACUAUGUGUCAGAAUUCUCAUUUGCUCCAAAUCAAACUCGUGAGCUGGAAGAACGGGUGAUGGAAUUGCAUAAGACACACAGGCGACAAACACCUGCAAAGGCUGAAUUAAAUUUUCUUGAAAAUGCAAAGAAACUUUCUCUGUAUGGUGUGGACCUUCAUGUGGCGCAAGAUAGUGAUGGUAUUGACCUGAGUGUUGGGGUGAGUUGGAACGGAAUACUUGUCUACAGGGAUGGCACACAGAUCAACAGGUUUGCAUGGCCACGUGUGAUCAAGCUCUCAUAUAUCAGAAGCAAGUUCUAUAUCACAAUUCGUCCCUUGGAUGGAAACGUUCAACUGAACAUGAUUGGCUUCAAGAUGCCAAAUCAUCGAGCUGCGAAAAAGCUGUGGAAAUCUGGUGUGGAACAUCAUGCAUUUUUCAGAUUGGUGAAGUGCGAACCACAGCCCCGACCCAAACUUAUUCGAGUGGGGUCAAAGUUUCGCUACAGUGGUCGUACCCAGCAAGAAACGAGAAUGGCGGUCACUGAAACCGAGAAACGACCUCAACCUACUGUUGUUCGUAGCCAUAGUAAAAGACUAAGAUCAGAUGGUGCAGAGAUAUCUCCGGCCAAAACAAUUCUUCGACCUUUAUCUGAGGAAGCAGAAGACACUCCCCCUCCCCCUUUGCCGGAUAAAAAAUCAAAAAUUAUUGAAGAUCACGUCAUUAUUACAAAGACAGUGGAAGAGGUUGAGAUCAUUGAAACUAAUGAGGUCCAAGCUCCUAAACCAGCAUCUUCUAAGUCUUCUUCUUCAUCGGAGUCCUCCGCUCACUCCAUCCCUGAUGAUGCUGAUGAUGCGAAUCUUGAGGUAGAUGAUACUUCGACGAUGACGGAGCAUCAGAAACAGAUUCAUAAAAUGAAAACGACAAAUGAAAAUAACCGCAGCUCUGUUGAGUUUUUGUCGGCCACAACCCCACGCCCCGCGUCGAGCAUGGACUCACUGGAUGCGCUUGAAGCGAGACUUCCAUCCCCGAAGAAAGUGGUGGAUGCAAAAGAUGGAGAUGCAAAUGAGCAACCAGAUAAAUACGAAGAGAAGGUUCAUGAGCAUGAAGAAGUUGUUACCACAACAACAACUGUGGUGACAUAUGAAGUAAAAAAGGAGGCCGUUCAAAUAGAAAAGGAAGUUCAAGAGGAAGAGAAAGAGGAUGAAGAAGAAGAGGAGAGGGCGAGUGAAAAAGAAAAUGAAGAGAAAGAAGAUGAAAAGGAGCAGGAAGAAGAGCGUGUUCCACCACAGGAAGAGGAAAAAGAAGAAGAGCACGAAGUUUUAUUUGAGGCUGAUGAUCAUUCACCUUCAUCUUCGGCAUCUUCAUCAAGUUUAUCAAAGGUAUCGGUGAAGAGUUUACGAUCAUCUAAAUCAUCUUCAUCUUCCUCUUCGUCUUCCUCCUCCUCUGAUGAGGAUGAGGAAGAAAAAGUGCAAGAAGAAGUUGUAGAGGAGGUGGCUCCUCAAGAUGAACAAGAAGAUCAACCACAAGAAGAGGAAGAAGAGGACAAAGAAAGUCUUCCGGAAGAAAAUGGAGGAGUUGCAGAGGAUAGUGUUGCACAGAAUCGCAUCACAACAGUUGAAACGAGGACAGUGAGGGUGGAAGAAGUGAUUAUACCACAGGAAAAAAAUGAGGUCCAUCAUGUCUCCCUGACAACUGAUCCGGAUGACCAACUUGUGGUUGCCAUGGCAACGGGAGAGGCAGGGAGCAGCAUCAGUAGCAUGUCGAGCGAGUCUUCCCUCGAUUCACCCGAUCCAUCUUCCCCUGCAGCAGAAUAUCCAGAGCCCCCAACAGUAAAGACUGAAGCAGUUGUUGUUGAAAGUUAUGUUGAAGAACAACCUGAAGGAACAACACAGCCACCCAUUGUACAAACGGAAACCAAAACAAUCACCUACGAGAGCAGCACUGUGAGGUCACAGAAUGAACCUGCUCAAGCGGAAAGUUCACGCACUGACGAGCACCAAUCAGAACUGGUUAGCAGCCAAAUUAUCUCGUCAGAAACCGAAUACACGGUCACGACAACAGAAAUAACUAAAAUAGUGCAUGGUAGUGUGAGUGAGACGGUUAUGGAGAAACAAGUUGUGAGCACUGGUGAUGCAUCAGUGGAUGACCAUCAUAAGGCAAUGGCAGACAUGAUCAGAGAUGCUCAACUUAACCCAAAUCUCAGCAUAACUAAAGUUGUGGUUCAUGAGGAGCGGCCCGUGGUGCAUGACUCUUAAACUGUAGAUUGCUAAACUCAACCAAAUCUAUGUUAACUGCGACGAUUUUAUUUUCUUUGGAAAAUGAGUUUUUUCUGUGUCAACAGAUGCACUAUGUCUCAGGUCCAGUACGGUACCCCCUCCCCUUAACAACGUGAUUUUAGAUGUACAAAUCCGAUUCAUUGUGUCUCCCACUGAUUGUCAUUGUGCACAUAGUACCUACAAGUUGAGAGGAUGUAUUUUACCCCGGCUCCAAAAUGCUUUCCACGAUACUUGUAACGCUUUUUAUUACAGCCGCUUUUAUUUAACGCCGCAUACUUUUUCUACUACGCCAUGCGUUAGUUGUUUGCAUUUGUGAUGCAGUUUGGCUUGUUUUAAUCAGUGUGUAGGAGUAUGAAAAGGUUACAAUUCGGUAAAAGUUGUAUUGUAAAACUUGUAUGCGAAGUUAUGUUCCCCAAAAAGAAUGAAGUUUCGUUUUAUUUUGCAUCCUGUAACAAAUCGCUUGCAUUUGUAUGCCACCACUGGCUAACAGAAAUAAUGUAAUCUCACCUGUCAAACUUGCAUUGGUAAGAAAGAGAAAACAACCCAUUAAAUUGUGAAGCAAGCCACUGUGAUAGUUUUAAACCAAAAAUUGUGACACAAACCCGAAUUUUAUUUGAUAAAUGCGAAUUUUCUGUUUUUUCUACUUCCCUAUUUAUAAGAUGAACUGUUUUACAACAACACCCAACAUAAACGUUGCUUUUAUAUCACAAAGUUGCUCCCCAAUGCUUGUACGUGCUUAAAAGGUGCUUGCACAAGCAAUUUUGCAGUAAAUCUGUUCCAAGCGCAUUUUUGUUUGUUUUGUCCUGCAGGAUUUUGGCUAAAAAUCACCAACGUUAAUUACUAAUUUCGUGUUUUGUCUUUGUAUUGUUAAAUUAUCCUAAUCAAACAAUAUGCAUUAACCCUUUUGUGAUGGAAUGUUUUAUAAUCUCUGCGAUAUAUUUUUCACAUGUUGCAUUUGUAUGUAGUUGUUUGCUUUUAUGUUUUAGCAGGUAGCUCCUUGAUUCACUUAAGCCCACAUGUAGUUUAAAAGUCAAACUUGGUUUGUAAUCUCAAUCAUAAACCUGGUGUGUUUUGCUUAGCGCUUCAUUUAUCAAUAAAAGACAAUACUGGCAUAAGA